AUGUGGGCCUCUGUGCUGGCCUCUAGGCAGCUCACCACGCUGCAGCUGCGGCUGGAGCCGUCCGGCGUGCUCUUCCUCACCCUCCACCGCCCCGCCGCCUUCAACGCCAUCAGCAUGGAGAUGCUGAACGAGCUGCACGCGGUGUUUGACGCGCUGCAGCACCCCAGCAGCAUGCUGGAGGCGCUGCCGCCCGACUUCCCGCGCGUGGUGGUGCUGGCGGGCGCGGGCAGGGCCUUCAGCGGCGGCGUCGACAUCAAGGCUGCCGACCAGGGCAUCGGGGGGCAGGCCUGGGACUACAAAGACAUGCGCUCCCAGCAGCUGCUCAGCAGGCUGAUUGAGAAGAUGCGGGCGGCGCCGCAGCCCAUCAUCGCAGCAGUACAGGGCGCGGCGGCGGGCGGCGGCCUUGCGCUGGCCCUGGCGUCCGACGUGCGCAUCGCGGCGCGCGGCGCCAGCUUCUCUGCCGCCUUUCUGGGCCUGGUGAAUGAGCUUGUGGAGGAGGCUGGGCAGCUGGAGGCAGCCGCGAGGAAGCUGGCAGCUGAGAUGCUGGCCUGCUCGCGCCUGGGGCUGCAGAGCGGCGGCGACGGCGGCGAGAAGGGCGGGGGCGGCGGUGCUGGUCAGGGCCGGGGCGUGACCCGCUCCAAGCUGUGA